CAUUGGCCACGCAACUGCAAACUGGCCCCUGCCAAGGGUUCUAAAAGGCUGAAACCUCUGGGGGCCUAAGAGUCGCCUAAAGCUAGCAGGAACCAUGACCCCACAGCUCUGGGCUGCCUGGCUUUUGUCCCUGCUCCUGGUCAGCUUUGCUCAGGAGGAACCAGAAAAGGUGAAUUGCAACCAAGGUGUGUCAGGCACCGUCUAUGAUUACAAAGCCAAAACCCUUGAUGGAGAAGAUACCCAGUUCUCCAAGUACUCUGGCAUGAACAUACUCUUUGUCAAUGUGGCCACCUACUGCGACUAUACAGUUCAGUAUCCUGAACUCAACAGUCUCCAGGAGGAACUGAAAAAUGACGUCACUGUGUUGGGCUUUCCUUGCAACCAGUUUGGGAAACAAGAACCAGGAAGGAACUCAGAAAUUCUUUCUGGAAUCCAGUAUGUGCGCCCAGGUGGUGGCUUUGUCCCCAGUUUCCAGCUCUUUGAGAAAGGGGAUGUAAAUGGAAAAAAUGAACAGCAAGUCUUUACCUUUCUCAAGAACGCUUGCCCUCCAACAUCUGAACUCUUGGGCUCACCUGAUUAUCUCUUCUGGGAUCCCAUGAAGGUCCAUGACAUCCGUUGGAACUUUGAGAAGUUCUUUGUGAACUCUAGUGGAACCCCUGUCAUGCGCUGGUCCCAUAAGAUUCCAGUCAACAAGGUCAAAGAAGACAUCAUAAGCUAUCUCGGGCAGUCCAGUGCCCAGUAGGAAGGGCAGAAGAAGCCGCCCUGCCUUGCACUCAGAACACUCUGUAACAAAAGAUCCUUUAUUCCACACUCUUUUCUAUGCAGGUUUCCAUUUGACCAAGUGAUCCCACACUACUCCAACAGCUGCUGUGCGUGUGUGGAGCUGUGAGUGGGUGUUUGUGUAUGUUUAUGUAUGUUUUAUAGACAUGUGUUUAAAGGUGAAGGAAAAGAGAACCUGGACUGUCUGGUACUGAAAUUUCAAAUUUCCUCUUUGAUUGAUCCCGAAGGAAAAUAGUAGUGUAUGGCAGAUGUUUCAAACUGCUCAUAUCUCUAAAAAAAUUAAUCCCUAGAAGUCCCUGGAAUCCAUAUUUUUCCAUCCUGAUGGUUGAAAGAAAGCAGGGUGAAACAGGAUAUUCUAGGAUAUUCUUGUAUUGCUUAAACUCUUCCUCUUCUACUUCUUUAUUCUUUAUACAUCUGUAGUUUUGAAGUAGGACUUUGACGGCAAAGCAAGAGCAGAGACUUAAUCUAUAUGAAAGGAGGGCCAUCCCCAGG